AAACAUUAAUGUAAACUUUUAAGUUGCAAGUUUUCAAGUUGUACUUGUAUUGUAAUUUGUAAUACUCGUUUGUAGCUGAAUAGUGAAUGUGAAUGCUUAUCAGCUGUAAUUUGUCUGCUCUAUUUUCUAUCAAUUGGAAUGCUGUUAUGUUCCAAAUUCGGAAAUGAACGCAUUCUUUCGUCUUCGUCAGUUUUCAUAUUUCACGCGACCAUUACUCAUUGUACGAGUAUAAAUGAUUCACUUGGCGUUCGAAUUCGAUGUCAAAAAAUUGAUCGCGUCAAAUUUGAUUCGUAAAUACCACGAACGUCGUGCGUAACACUCGCUAGAUGUACAUACAAAUACAAAUGCAUGAAUUUCCUUCGACUUGUGUAAAAUGUUAACUUACGAAAGCAACAUCGUACUCAUUUUGCUGUAUUAUUUUCCCUCAGUCGAAUCGGGUAAUAGACUGAACGAGUAUAUUAGUCAUUAUGAAACACUGUCGUACGACACGCAACAAGUGCAUGAAAAACAUAGCCGCGCCAAGAGGUCGGUAACGCACGACGACUCUGUCGUGCAUUUAAGCUUCUCGGCGCACAGUAAGCAGUUCGACAUAAGACUUAAACGAGAUCUUAGCACGUUUUCCGAUAACCUAGUCGUAUUAGAUUCUCACGGAGCGGUACUGAAUUCGUCGCAAACUGACACAUCUCACAUAUACUCCGGUCACCUCGUAGGCGAACCAGAAAGUGUCGUGUUCGGAUCGUUGCUGGACGGCGUAUUCGAAGGCAAAAUCAUCUCGCCUUCUACCGGAGCGUAUUACGUGGAAAAGGCUUCCAGAUAUUUUCCGCCGCGGUCGCAAUCGUCGAUAUCGAACGCCGACAACGCCGCUUCGGUUACCUCCUCAACCGACACAAAUACGACCAACGAUCUCGACUUCCAUUCGAUAGUCUACAAAGAAUCGGACGUCGAAGAUCCUCGCCACCAACAUGAUUCGGAUCAUCCAGCCGGUUGCGGUAUUACCGAACAAGUAAAGCAAUGGAUGGAAUCGAUCCAGACGUCGGCCGUCGAAGAAGAGGAAGAACGAGAAAUAGCCGACGUCAAACGACAGCAACAAAGUGAUACGAAUUCCAAGUCACCGCCGCCGAUACGAGCUCCGAAAAAGAAACGUAAGAAAACCGGAAUCGGUGAAACGCCCUAUCAAAAAUACACCAAAGAAUGGAACAGCGCCGGCAGACCUUCGGCUCGUUUCAAGAGGGCAACCCGAGCUAAAGAAAAGGAUAAAAAUACGUGCUCUUUAUUUAUUCAAACGGAUCCGUUAAUUUGGAGACAUAUUUCCGAACAGGUGGGUCGUGAUGCUGAAAAAACUAGAGAAGAAAUAUUAUCGCUGAUCGCGCACCACGUCACCGCCGUGAAUUAUAUCUAUCGUGAUACGAAAUUCGAUGGCAGAGUAGAGCAUAGAAAUAUCAAAUUUGAAGUGCAGCGAAUCAAGAUGGACGAGUAUUCCGUUUGCGAAAAGCAUCAUCGAACUGAAACGAAUCCCUUCUGUAUGGAGAAUAUCGACGUGAGCAAUUUCUUGAAUCUGCAUUCUCUGAGUAAUCACGAAGAUUUCUGUCUAGCGUACGUUUUCACGUACAGAGAUUUCACCGGCGGUACUUUGGGCCUUGCUUGGGUAGCCAGCGCUUCGGGCGCUUCCGGCGGAAUAUGCGAAAAAUAUAAAACGUACACCGAAACGGUGGCCGGCCUCUAUCAAUCCGCCAAAAGAAGUCUGAACACUGGUAUCAUAACUUUCGUCAAUUAUAAUACCCGAGUACCGCCUAAAGUAUCGCAGUUGACGUUGGCCCACGAGAUUGGACAUAAUUUCGGAUCUCCGCACGACUAUCCGCUAUCGUGUCGACCGGGAGGAUCGAUUGGAAACUACAUCAUGUUCGCUUCGGCGACUAGCGGCGACCGGCCGAAUAAUAGCAAAUUCUCGUCCUGCAGUAUCGGCAAUAUCAGCAGCGUGUUGGACGCCAUCGAAGAGAACAAAAAACGCAAUUGUUUCAAAGCUAGCGAAGGAGCCUUCUGCGGUAAUAAAAUAGUCGAAGAAGGCGAAGAAUGCGACUGCGGCUUCAACGAAAACGAAUGCUCGGAUGAAUGUUGCUAUCCCAGGGUAGUAUCGGACGCGGACAAAAAUGCCAACAUUACAGCCAGAGGCUGCGCUAGAAGAAAGAAUACCGAGUGCAGUCCAUCUCAAGGGCCUUGUUGCGCUGCUCACAGCUGCAAAUUCGUGCCGGCCGAUAGAGAAAUCGCGUGUAAAUCGGAAUCGGAUUGCAGCCGAAGUAGCAAAUGCAACGGAAGUUCGGCCGAAUGUCCGCUGCCGCCGGCCAAACCGGAUAAAACAAGAUGCAACGAGGGUACCCAGCUUUGCAUCGACGGCGAAUGUCGCGGUUCUAUUUGCCUAGAAUGGGGUCUGAACGAAUGCUUUUUGUCGUCGAGUAGCGUUCCGCCGGUCGACAAACGAAAGCUGUGCGAGUUGGCCUGCAUGAAUGGCACCAACGAAUGCCGAAGUAGUAGCGAAUUCGCUAGCAUCGUCGGUUUACCACCGGGUGGUAUCAGUCUCCGACCUGGCUCUCCGUGUGAUAAUUUUCAGGGUUACUGCGAUGUAUUCUUUAAAUGUCGCGCCGUCGACGCCGAAGGUCCGUUGGCCAGAUUGAAAAACAUGUUGUUGCACAAGCGAACGUUGUUGCAACAAUGGGCGUUCGACAACUGGUGGGCGUGCGUACUAAUAGCUGUGAUAUUUAUAUUCGUUUUGGGCAUUUUUAUCAAAUGCUGCGCAGUCCAUACGCCUUCUUCGAAUCCGAAAAAACCUCCGGCGAGGAGAUUCAGCGAAACGCUGCGCAGACCGAUUACUACGUUACGAAGAAUGCGAGGUGCGGCGCCAGCCGUGCACAGGGGUCACAGCGGCGAACGUGGCCAUCGUAGUCAUCAUCACGGCCAACACGGUAGCGGCUAUUCGCAAAAUCACAACCGUAACGUCGGUAAUUACAGAAACGCUCCGCCGCCGUCGUAUACUCCAAGUCAGCAUCAUCACGCUACUAAACCUUCGGCACCUCACGCUACCAGAGCAGAUGUGUACGCGCAUCCGCACAGAGAUCGCAACUCUUUUCAUAUGAGACAGCAAAAAGUUUAAAUGGCUAUGUUUUCUCGAUACGCUGCCACGCUAGUCACAUUCGAAAACGAAAACGAAAACAAAAACAAAAACCAGUAAACUUGGUUCUACAAAUUCCUCGCAGAUGUAAGUGUAACGUAACAUCGAUCGCAAAUUGGACGAAGUACACGGUCAUCUGCUCGUCAUUUUGUUUCUAGACCGGCAAGUUGGCGGCGAUACUUAUAUGGUUUCGACACCUGUCGGACAAUUUCACUCUGCUGCGCAGCCCUACCAAUUUUCUAGUCUUCGCUAGUACAAUUUCAUUCUACAUAUUUUCGUGCUUAGAAGGUACGAGUACAGCACCUACGCCAAAGAAACGAAAAUACCUAAGCAACCGAGCUUCGGAAAGAAAUAUGGGGUAAUCGAAGGAUCUGCGCGAUUUUUCGCAUUGUUUUCAAACGUGUACGACGCGACGUCUACGUAAAAAAAAAAUGGGAUAAAAAGAUUCGAAGUGAAAAUUGCUAAAUUCAUCUUCAUUCUCGUUUCAUAUCGAUCGAUUUACCGACCUACCGACCGACCGACCGACCGACCGACUGUCUUUCAUUCUGAUAUCAUUACAUUCGGAGUUGGUUUUUCAUUUGAACCGACGACUGCGGAAAUUCAAAUACUCACGUACACAUAUCGUAGUUACGUUACUUCGCUACUGUCGUCGAUUCGUCGUCGAAGAAGGCGCCAAAAAUGAUGGGUACGAAGAUUUGACGAUUAGCAUUACUGUUGUUGCCCGUUGAUCGUUCGCUAUCGCUGGUGUAUUAGCCAACGCCGCGCCACUCCAUACCGCGACGUACUCGCACAAAUUUCGCUGACACAAAUUUGCUCGACAAGUAUUACGUUUUAGUACUCGUAUCUAUUUGUACAGUUAAUUAUUACUCGUAUUACGUUACGGAUUAUCUACCAUCUGCUACGUAAUCAGUUAUUUAAUUAUCGGAUCGGAAAGCGCGAUUGUUAUUUUGCGUAGACAAAUGCUUUCUCAGCUAAUUUGUAAUACUCUCGUAGUUCUCUUCAACAAACUUUCCCCUAGUUCUCUCGAAUCAUCUAGCAAAUUAUUAUUUACUGCCAUAUUCCAUUUUCCCCAUUAUUUUUCAUUUUCGAAGGAGCUUCUUUCGAAACAUUCCCCGAAAUAAUUGAAAUUAGGAUUUUUAAAAAACGAACGAGCUUCAAUGUUUUACCAAAGAAUUCUUUUUAGGUGUGUAACGGUGUUUUUUUUGGAGUUUUCCGCCAUUAAUUUCAUUAUCGUGUAGAUAUACAUUUUGACGACAUAAUCAUUUUUUCUUUUUUUAAUUUUCUAUUUUUGUGUAUCAUUGUACGUAUCUUAAGGUCGUGUUUUCCUCAGUUUGAUAAAUUAAUCGUAUAAGCUUAGUCUAGACGCAUAGCAUAAAGACACUUUUGUACGUAUGUAUUAUCUUUUUAUUUAAGUACCUACGUAUAUUUAUUUUCUGAUUCGUUUUUUUUUUUUUUUUACUAUUGUAUAUUGUCUGUCGUAUCGCAUUGGAAUUUUGGGUUAUUUUUAUUUUAUUCGUUUGUUUACUUAUUUCAGUUUUGAAUUUGCUCUAUACAAAUGAGGCAUUCAUCGCGUUUUAUUUCAUCUAUUCUUAUCACGUCUUUUCGUUUGUACUCGUACUUUGAAAAAAUAACCUUGUUUCGAAUCGCUCUCUUCCGGUCGUAGGUAUUUUAAAUCGAAUUGGCUCGUAGACGUUCUCGUUUCACUUUCGUGAAAAAUCUAUACUCGCUGAAAUAAGUAUUUUCCGAUUCGGUUAUACUCGCAUGUACAUACAUACUAAUAGAACACCUGCUAUUCGAACGCCGUAAUAUCGGUUCGGAGGUUAUUUUCUCGAAUCUUACUUACGUAGUAUUUUUGUACAUUUAAUUAAUCGUGAUAAUGAAGAAGGAGUACAAAAUUUUUUGUAAUACGUUAAAAUACCCGAUUAUUAUUCGAAUCUAGCUAUCGGUACUUGUAAGUAUUUUCACAACGUUCGCGUAAUGUUUUUAUUAAGUAUUUUGGCCGAGUUCUGUAUCUCGUAAAUUUAAUCGUCGAAUAACGCCAACGAAUACCUACAGUUUUUGUACGCAACUCUUUUUGUAUUUUACUCGGUCAUCUCGUUUCUCAUGUCGUUUUGCGUCGACUGUGUUCUGUUUUUUUUCUCCUACUUUUUAUUUCGUAGGUACGUGCUCGUAGUUCUAAGAUAGGUACCUACCUGAUUACCACUUUUUAUUUUAACUACCUAUGUACGGUACCAACGAUUAUACGAGUACACUGUACAGGUAUUUUUUUCCUACGUACGAGCGCGUUUGUUUGUUUUUGUUUCCCCCUCCCCCUUUUUGUAAUGGUAUUUUAAGAUUUUUUAUACCUUAUUUUAAUAAAAUAUGUCGACAUUUUU